AUGGUUACAACUGCAAGCGGUGUUCAGCGAACGUUGAUACAUGAAGUACGAUUACUUGUAAUGGGACUAACUGAUUCAGGUAAAACAACAAUCCUAAAAGCUUUAUUAGGUUCAAAUUUUGAGACAACAACAAGUAAUGUGUCAUCAUCUGACAUGUUAUUCAAACCGUACCAAACAUUGGUAGAAGUACCACCGAAUGAUGACGAUCAAUAUGGAAGAAAAUUUAUCAUUAAGGCUUGUGAUACACGUGGUUUAAAUGAUCCAAAGUAUUCAGAUGAAGAUACAUUUGAAACAAUAGGAGCACUUUAUUCAUCUGACUUUAAUUUGAUAAAUCACGUUGUUGUCUGUUUCAAAUUAGCUCCCAUUCUGCCUGAUGUACAUAAUAGUAUAGUGAACCUAAUUAAUUAUCUUAAAACAGCUGGAUAUAAAUCAGAAAACAUCUGUAUUGCAUUAACAUUUUGUGACGCUCUUGUACCGGAAAAAAUUGACGCAUAUAUUAAUGAAAUGAAAAAACAUCCAGUUGUGAAAGAUCUAUUUAGCGUUGCAUCAAAAAUAUUUAUUGCAGCAUUACCUGAAAUAUCAACAGUAAGAAAUGAAUUUCGUUCAACAUUCGAAGAAGAACGGGAUAUUAUUAUAAACAAUUUAAUUUCACAUUUAACAAAUUACGUUGAACCAGUACGAAUAUUUUCGCAUGAACAAUUUCAGGAAAAAGUUCUACGACACGCCAAAAAAUUAACUCAAGAACAAACUGAAAGUCAGAGAAAUGAAAUAGACGAAUUAACAAAACAAAUCGGAGCCGCUGAUGCAAAUUAUCAGAAAAUUUGGGAGUUCAUAAAAGAAAAAGUAAAUGAAGGUUUAAGUAGUGAGAUUCAACAGUUCAAAGAACAAAAUGCACAACAUUUGCAGUCUAUGAGAAAAGUGCAACAAAACUAUGCAUUAAAUGUUGCCAGCGAAGUCAGUCGAUUAGCACAACAAAAUGUGGAAUUUUCUAACUCUUUAAAAUUACAACAAGAACAUGCUUCAACUAUACACAAACAAGUCAUCGAAUUAAUAAAACAACAGAAUACACAACUAUCCAGGUCUAUCGAAAAAUUGCAAACAGGACUUGCAUCAACUAAGGUCAGCAUUGAAUUAGCACAAAAUAAUAUACAAUCUCUUCUUCAGAAUCUCGAACGAUCGGUACAAGAAUCUGUCUCAAGUCUAAAAUCCGAAAUCACUGAAAUAAAACGAGAGAACGCACAACUUUCUCUGUCUAUGCAAAAGUUGCACAAGGAAGUGCAAGUAGCAUGUAUAUCAAAAAACAACAGUCAGUGUAUUAUUUGCUAG